AGUCAUCCGAUUUGAAAUAUAAACCCGAAUUGAGAAGUUGAAUCCGACACCGUCCCGCCCCGAAGUUCACUUCAAAAUUCAUUUCGUUUUCAUCGAACAUUCGAUCAUAGCGGCGAUUGGAGGAAGGGGUUGGUUCGCGCCUUUCUCCAAGAAAAAUGGAAUUUGGAGACGAAGAUGAUGACUGGAACUUGACCCCCGAAGAACUUGAUUCCCUCGAGAGAGACGCUGUUCAGAAGAUUGCUCAACUUCAAAAUUCAGCUUCUUCUUCUUCUUCUUCUUCUUCUUCGUUCAAUGCCUUUGUUCCUUGCUCUGCUUCUAAUCAACACCCCCAUCAGUCUUGUCAAUCCAACACCCACCUUAAUUCGAGCGUCAAUAAGGCCAAAAUCAGCAACCCAAAUGCCCAUGACUCUGCAUUUCAACCUUCCCAACUCAAUCCCGUACUGGGUUCUCGUUCUCGCGCGGUGGAGAACGCCUCUCCCUUGGCCGGAGUAUUACCUUCAUCAGCUGCGGCAAAAGAACAUGUUGGAGAGGAAGGUGCAAAGGAACGACCUAAGCUUUCUGUCAAAUUUUUUCUUCACAGUAGCGGAAACAUUGCUGCCAAAUUUUCAUACGAUCAGGUACUGGUAGAUGCUUUUCGAAAGAUCCCUAAAGCCACUUGGAAUGGAAAAGAAAGAUUAUGGAUGUUUCCAAUAUCUAGUUUGUCAGUGGCAGAAAGCGCCCUACGUGAUGUAGUUGGUUUUAAAGUUGAGGUAGAGAACUUAGAUAACCUGGUGCAUCGUGCUAUCGUAGCAGCUUCUCUACUUCCUGAUCUACGAGACAAAUAUAACAAGUUACCUGCCGACAUUGAAUCGAAGCUUUUGCCAUUUCAGCGGGAAGGUGUUAGGUUUAUUUUACAACAUGGAGGUCGUGCUCUUUUAGCAGAUGAAAUGGGGUUGGGGAAAACUUUGCAGGCUAUUGCUGUGGCUGCGUGUGUUCGUGAUGCUUGGCCUGUCCUCAUACUCACACCGUCUUCCUUACGGUUGCACUGGGCUGCAAUGAUUCAGCAAUGGCUCAAAAUUCCCUCAUCAGAUAUACAUGUAUUCAUCGCAUCCAUGUUCUGUAAUGCUUGCCCCUUUGUGUGUGUUGUUUUAUCCCAAUAUUGCGGGUCAAAUAAGGGUGGAUUUACAAUACUCUCCUCAAGCAGCAAAAGCAGCCUUCAUCUUGACGGCCUUUUUAACAUUAUCUCCUACGACGUGGUUCAGAAGUUACAGAAUAUUCUAAUGGCAUCGGAGUUUAAGGUUGUAAUUGCAGACGAGUCACACUUCAUGAAAAAUGCUCAAGCGAAGAGGACAGUUGCUUGUGUGCCCGUUAUACAGAAAGCUCAGUAUGCCAUUUUGCUCAGUGGAACUCCAGCAUUGUCUCGACCAAUUGAACUCCUCAAGCAGCUGGAAGCUUUAUAUCCAAAUGUAUAUAAAAAUGUUCACGAGUAUGGCAACAGAUACUGCAAGGGUGGAACUUUUGGAUUGUAUCAAGGUGCAAGCAACCAUGUAGAAUUACACAAUCUGAUGAAAGCAACGUUGAUGAUCCGCAGGCUUAAAAAGGAUGUUCUUUCUGAGCUCCCUCUGAAGCGUAGGCAACAGGUGUUCCUAGAUUUGGCUGAGAAGGACAUAAGGGAAAUUAGGGCUUUAUUUUGUGAGUUAGAGGUUGUUAAAGGAAAAAUCAAAGCCUGCAGAUCAGAGGAGGUAGAAUCGCUGAAGUUUCAACAAAAGAAUCUUAUUAACAAGAUCUACACUGAUUCUGCUGAAGCCAAAAUUCCAGCAGUUCUUAAUUAUCUAGAGACCGUGAUUGAGGCAGGUUGCAAGUUUCUGGUUUUUGCUCAUCAUCAGCCCAUGAUUGAUGCUAUACACCAGUUUUUUCAAAAAAAGAAAGUGAAUUGCAUUCGAAUUGACGGCGGUACUCCUCCAGCAAUGAGACAAGCUCUGGUUUCAGACUUCCAGCAGAAAGAUUCAAUCAUGGCAGCAGUGUUAUCUAUUAAAGCUGGAGGCGUUGGGCUAACAUUAACCGCCGCAAGCACAGUUAUUUUCACCGAGCUUUCUUGGACUCCAGGUGAUCUGAUUCAAGCUGAAGAUCGGGCUCAUAGAAUCGGACAGGUGUCUUCUGUUAACAUACAUUAUCUACUAGCAAAUGACACAGUCGAUGAUAUCAUAUGGGAUGUUGUACAGAGCAAGUUAGAGAAUUUAGGACAGAUGCUGGAUGGGGAAGAGAACACAUUGGAAGUAGCAGUGAAGCAACAGCCAAUUACAAGUAGCAGUCCAAAUUCAAAGCAAAAGACUUUAGAUUCUUUUAUUAAACGUUGCAACAAUGCAAGUGCUGAUACCCAAUCCAAGUUGAAACUUCCCAAGCACUAACUAAAACCAUUCAAAUGUUUGAAGGAGGUAAAAAAGGAAGGUCAUUAGAGAUGUUUGCUGAGAUGAGUUUAGUUAGAUUUUGUAUAAAAGCUUAAAGUGACCUUAAUUAUGUAUAGUUAGAAUUUUGAAGCUAAUAUCUCCAUUUUGUUAUGGGAAAUUUGGAGAAAGGGUUGAAAGUCGGUCAACCUUAUCUUCAAUUAUAUUCAAAUUUGGGUAAUAUAUACUUUUGGCUCUUGAGAUUUCGAAAACUACAUAUACAAUUCU